AUGUUCGGAGUCCAAUUAUCCCUCGCAGUCACCCUCGUGGCUGCGGCUCUUUUGCCAGCAGCUGCACACGGUCGUGCCGUUGACGCCGUUGAGAAACGUCAGGAUGGCUUCCAUUGGGUCAACACUUGGACGAGUAUGCCGCAAUUGGUCGAGUCGAAUAACAUGCCGCCAUCGCCGUUCAGUUCCGGGGGUGUACUGAAAGACGCCACGCUCCGUCAGACACUCCAUAUGUCCGUAGGGGCACCGAAGAUCAAAAUCACAAUUUCCAAUACCUUCGGCGGAAGCGAUCUUCCUAUUACGGCUGGUUCUGUUGCUCUCACUGCCGGUGGUGCCGCGGGAGUCAGUGGAAUCCAGGAGUCGCCCCUCGCAGCCAUCACUGUCGGCGGCAAAUCGAGCUUCACGGUCCCGAGGGGACAGGUGGUUACUAGCGACGAGAUCAACUUCAAAGUCGAACCCCAGAGUAACAUUGCCGUGACGUUGUACAGCCAACAAGGCCAGAGCGGGAGCAGCAUUACUGGACAUCCGGGGAGCAGGACAACGAGUUGGUUCGUUGCUGGUAAUAAGGUUAAUGCUACUUCAUUUUCUGGGACUGCAUCGGUGCAUUGGUACUUCGUUUCUGCCGUUCAAGCUUAUGUUCCAACGGACACUGGUUCGCUCAUCAUUUUGGGAGACAGCAUCACCGAUGGAAGAGGCAGUGACGACAACAAGAACAACAGAUGGCCAGACCUCGUCCUUGCUCGCCUCCAAGCCGCAAACUACACAAACGUCGCCGUCUGCAACCAGGCCGCCGGAGGAAACACAGUCCUAAGCGGCGGCCUCGGACCUACCCUCCUCUCUCGCUACCAACGCGUGAACGACCUCGGCAACACGCCCGACUCCUCUGCCUCUUCCGUCGCCGACCAGCUCAUCAAAGCCUUCACGCAGAUCGUUUCGGACGCUAAGAAAGCGGGCUUUAAGACCAUCGGCGGCACCAUCACGCCGUUCGGCGGGUCGAGCUACGCGGGCAACGGCCGCGAGACCGCGAGGAAGAAGGUGAAUAAGUGGAUCCUGGAGAGCGGGACAUUCGAUCAUACGGUGGAUUUCUCGAAGGCUAUCGAGAAUAAGAGCAAUCCGAGUCAGAUUGAUGCGAAGUUUCAUGGCGGGGAUUCGCUGCAUCCGAAUGGCGCGGGUUAUAAGGCUAUGGCGGAUGCGUUUCCGUUGGAGAUUUUCAAGGCUUGA